AUGUCAGACGAGAAACUCAGUCUACUGCCUCAACUAGACACCAAUUUGGACGUGGACGCCAACUUGGAUGUUGACAGCUUGAAUGACAACAUGGACAGUGCCUUGGACGACGCCAUGGAUGAAAACUUGGAUGAUAACUUGGAUGACAACAUGGACGACCAAAUGGACGUGAAGUUGGAUGAAAACUUGAACCAAGACCAAGAACUUUACGACAUGGACUUGGAAAUGUCCACUGGCGAUGGCGCUGACGACUUGUUGGACCUCAAUGCAGACCAGCUGGAGUUUGACGUAGGACUCCAAUUGGACGACAAUACCGACGAAAACGCGCCUGCCAACAACGAGGGCGACGAUAUCAGCGAUCUGGCUGCUGACACCGCACUUCAGACCCCGCAGGCAACCCAUAACGGCCUGCUGGAACCGGCAGAUGACGUGUCCAAGGACUCGCAGAAUGACUCCAACAAACCCUUGGAUGUUAAUGCAGAGGUCGAUGAAGAUGCAGAAUCUGACUCCAACCCUGAGCCCACUUCUGUAAUCAAGGAGGAGGGCGACACAGAUGUGCUGGAGAACGCUUCAGAGUCAAAGAAACUGCCACAGGACGACAAAAAGUCUUCUAAGGAAGAUCUGGCAACCAAACCUACUUCCAAGGAAUCACCAAGCGAUCCUUCGUCUAAAGCCACUGUCAAGGAUUCUGCCAAAGAAGACCUUGGCAAGAGCCGAAGAUCCACACCUCCAAAGAUCCUGGGUGACGAGGACGAGGAGGAGGAUGUUGAAGUAAAGAAGGAACUGUUGGUGGAAGAUCACUUGUCGGACACAGAGGACACGGGAAUGGGUCUCGCUGACGUUCAUGCUGACGACAAAACUAGAAUCCGUCAAACUCACGCCAUUGUGGUGCCAUCGUACGCCAGCUGGUUCAACAUGAAGCUGAUUCACCAGAUUGAGAAAGACUCCCUUCCCGAGUUCUUCAACUUGACCCACCCAUCGAAGUCUCCAAAAAUUUACGCCAACUACAGAAACUUCAUGGUCAAUGCAUACAGGCUCAAUCCUAAUGAAUACCUUACCCUCACAUCUUGCCGCAGAAACUUGGUUGGUGACGUCGGAACCUUGAUGAGGGUUCACAGAUUCUUGAACAAAUGGGGCCUUAUCAAUUAUCAGGUCAACCCUCAGUUCAAGCCCGCCUACGCACUCGAGAAGAUGCCAAACGGAUCGCUGGUUGGCUUGCCUUACACGGGUGAAUUUCAUGUGCAAUAUGACACCCCAAGAGGUCUUUUCCCGUUCGAAACAUACAAGCCUAGUGCCGACAACAUCAACGCAGAAAAGUUGAAAAGAUUGAUAGACUCUAAGCCAUCUAUUAACGGCCUUGCCGAUCCACAUUACGAGGAUCAACAUGCGUCAUCUGAACCACCAGCCAAGAAGCAAAAGCUUGCCGAGGACGACUGGUCGCCCACGGAACUUGCAAGUUUGCUUUUAGGAAUCAAAAACCAUAAAAACGAUUGGUAUAAGAUUGCUAAAGUUGUGGGGAACAGAACACCACAAGAAUGCAUUCUCAAAUUCUUGAAGAUGCCAAUUGAGGAUAACUUCAACAAAUUGAGUGAGAAGGAUUUGGGAAUCUUAAAGUUUGCUUCCAACUUCCCUGUUCUUUCGGCUGAUAAUCCAGUCAUCAGCAACUUGAUUUUCAUGACCAAUUUGGUGGAUGCUGACGUAGUGAAAGCUGCCAGUGCCAAUGCCUCAAAAGUGAUUGAGGGGGAGUUGUUCAAGCGUGUUGAAGAAGUUUAUGGCAAGAAAAAGACUGAUGAGCUGAAAAGCGAAGAGGGUUCUGACAGGAAGGAAGAUACGACCGACAGUAAUGGUAAUGGAGAAAGUCCUCAUGAUGAGAAACUUGAUGAGGAGAUUAAGAAGGAGUUCGAAGUGGAAAGCUCUACAGACUUACUUGGAGAAGCAGCCACGUCCGUUCUUGGAUCUGUAGCUGCACGGAGUCACUUAUUUGCAAACUAUGAAGAAAGGGAGAUGCAGAGAAUGACAAAUACCAUUCUCAACCAAGAGUUGAACAAGAUUGGAGUGAAAAUCAAAAAGAUCAAUGAGCUUGAGAAAAUUUAUCAGCGUGAGAGACAGAACCUUGCACAACAGCAAAGUGAGAUCUUCAUCGAUAGAUUAGCAUUGACUAGAUCUACAGUUAACAUUACGAAGAAGUUGAGCGAGGCUGUCUCGAUCCUCAAGUCCACGAGUGACUCUCUGUCGUCGAAGGAACUUGAAAGUAUUGUUAGCCUUAUAUCCGACGCACAAUCGUUGUUAUUCAAGCCUGCUAAGCUGUCUAUUGUGGAUGAAGAGCCAUCAACCACAGAAGAGAGCACCUCGACUACUGCAGGAGUGUCAGCUGUCACAAAAACCGAAGCUGUUGUCAAGCCUUUGUCCGUUGGUACACCACAGUCAUUUAAGGUGUGGGUGCCAUAA